AUGUCCUACAACUGCUCCACAAGGAACUGCUCUUCUAGGCGGAUUGGAGGAGAAUACACUGUCCCAGUGGCCACAGUUUCUACCCCGGAUGCCGACUGCCUGAGUGGCAUCUAUUUGCCCAGCUCCUUCCAAACGGGUUCCUGGCUCCUGGACCACUGUCAGGAGACCUGCUGUGAGCCCACUGUUUGCCAGUCAACUUGCUACCAGCCAACUCCUUGUGUUUCCAGCCCUGUCCAGGUGACCUCUCGGCAAACCACCUGUGUCUCCAGUCCCUAUUCGACUACCUGCAGCCGGCCACUCACCUUUGUGUCCAGUGGCUGUCAGCCUCUGAGUGGCAUCUCCACUGUGUGCAAGCCGGUGAGAAGCAUCUCCACUGUCUGCCAACCGGUGGGAGGAGUCUCCACCAUCUGCCAACCUACCUGCGGGGUCUCCAGGACGUACCAGCAGUCCUGCGUGUCCAGCUGCAGAAGAAUUUGCUAA